AUGGUGGACAACAAGCAACAGAGCGUCAUCCAAUCGCUUGCAUGGCAAGAUCUCGGAGUCUCUGUAAAAUCACGAUCAGUUCAACGACCCAAAGUCAUUCUCACGAAUGCCUGGGGCAUCGCUCGCCCAGGCGAGAUGAUGGCUCUAAUGGGUCCUUCGGGCUCAGGCAAGACCACUUUACUUAACACUCUAGCUCAGAGACAAACAGCAUCGGUCGAAGGACGCGUCAUGAUCAAUGGCAAGCAACAAUCCCUCUCUACUCAUCGUACCAUGAGCGCAUACGUCGAGCAGGAAGACACUCUCAUUGGAUCAAUGACCACACGAGAAACCAUACGCUUCGCCGCACAGCUCGCGUUACCAAGCACGACGACGUCGAAAGAAAUUGAGCGCCGUGUCGACCGGUUGAUUGAAGAGUUCGGUCUCCAGGGUCAAUCGAGCACAUUGAUCGGGACGCCGUUUCGGAAGGGUUUGAGUGGAGGUCAAAAACGCCGUGUCAGCGUUGCAGCGCAAUUGAUCACCGACCCGACCAUCCUUUACCUGGACGAACCGACCAGUGGCUUAGAUUCAACGGCCAGUUUCGAAGUCAUUUCGUUCCUGAAGCGAUACGCUCGGCAACAUAAUAUCAUCGUCAUCGCCAGCAUACAUCAACCCUCGACCAAGACCUUUGACCUGUUCGACCAAGUCGCCUUGCUCUCGCGUGGUAAAACUUGUUACGUUGGCAAGACAUCACAAUUGCCCGAAUAUUUCGCUGAGCUUGGCUAUGAUAUCCCCGCCAUGAUGAAUCCCGCGGAACAUGUGAUCGACUUGAUCAACGUCGAUUUCUGCGACGACAGCAGCUCAGCUGAGUGCCUCGAGGACAUUUUCGCGCGAUGGCAAUCGAGCACAACAAACCAAGGGCUGGUCUCGACCAUUCAGAGCCAGUCGCGGAACUCGGGGGGCAGCACGCUCGACUUCAAGAACAAGACCAGGGAGAAGCCCGGGCUCGUCCGGCAGACUCUCAUCUUACUUCAUCGGUCGUUUCUCAAGAGUUAUCGUGAUCUGGUGACCUACUGGGUGCGACUGGUCAUGUACAUGGGCCUCGCGUUUAUGAUGGGCACCGUUUGGCUCCGCCUAUCGACUGAUCAGGCUCACAUCCAACCAUUCGUGAACGCAAUCUUCUUCGGCUCGGCAUUCAUGUCAUUUAUGGCCGUCGCCUACGUACCCGCGUUUCUUGAAGACCGAUUUGUGUUCGUCAAGGAACGGUCCAACGGACUCUAUGGACCGACCGCCUUUCUGCUCUCGAACUUCAUCAUUGGUAUCCCAUAUCUCUUUCUCAUUUCGCUGCUUUUCUCGUUCGUAGCCUAUUGGCUCGGCAAUUUCAACCCGACUGCACAGCACUUCUUCAUCUGGGUCCUAUGGCUAUUCCUGGAUCUACUCGCCGCUGAGUCGCUUGUCGUACUCGUAGCUUCCAUCAUCCCCAACUUCGUCGGAGCCCUCGCGAUCACCGCAUUUGCGAAUGGCCUUUGGAUGAGCGUGGGCGGCUUCCUCGUCCCUCUACCGGUAUUAAAUAGUUUCUGGAAGUAUGUCUUCCACUAUUGGGACUACCAGACAUACGUCUUCCAGGGGAUGAUGGUCAACGAGUUCGAGACUCGGACGUACGAGUGUCAGGAUGCCCGGCUUGGACCCGGACAGUGCCACUGCAUGUUCCCGAGCGCCUUGCAGGAUCAAUGUCUGAUUCCUGGAACAGCAGUUCUUCAGCAGUAUGGUUAUGAGACUGGUUUGCAGGCUCAGUGGCUCGGGAUCAUGGUUGUUAUCAUCUUCGGUUAUCGCAUUGCUGGCUGGUUGGUUGCGGUGCUGCGCAAGAAUUAA